AUGACGCUGCCCCAGACAUCCGGCGCCCCACCACCUCCCUCGACUAGCGCACCGCUGCCAGGUGCGCACGUGACCUCGGGGGUGCUGAUCGCCCCAUUGGCGUCCGCCUCGAUCGUCUUCACUCCAGAGCAGAUGACCGCGGCGAUCAUGGACCUGGGGUGGGCGGUGGUGGGCAUCCGGUCCUUCCUCGCCGGAUCAUAUGCGCCGCAGCUGCCGCCGGUGCCGCCUCCACCGCCUCUACCAUCGCCCGCCGCCACAACGACGUACCAGAACGGGAUGCCCUUCGAUGGGACGGUGCCGCACCCCACGCCCACCGCGCCGCCGCCGUCUCAGGGCGUUCCAAUCCAGCAGAUCCGUUUCCCGCCAUCGCCUUCGCCGCUGCCGACUUGGAUCACCGGGACGGCAGAGCCCAUCUACACGGCGCCUAGCCCGCAGCGGUACCUGCAGCCGCCCCCGACCACUGGGGCGCCCAUGGCGCACGGCGGCAUUCCGACCUCAAGCGCCCUCUACGGCGGGUGGACGAGCACGCUCGCCUCCGACCGCACCUGUCUCGCUUCCUACCAUCUUCGGGGAGCAGCCCAGACGUGGUACUACGCCCUCGAGCAGGACGAGGGCAUGCCGUCGUGGGAACGCUUCCAGGACCUCUGCCGUCAACGUUUCGGGCCCCCGAUCCGCGGCAGCCGACUAGCCGAGUUGGGUCGGCUCCCGUUCACCUCGACAGUCCAGGACUUCGCUGACCGGUUCCAGGCGGUGGCAUGCCAUGCACAGAACCUGUCUUCACACCAGCACGACGAGCUCUUUGUCGGCGGCCUCCCGGAUCACAUUCGGGUGGACGUGGAGUUGCACGACCCCCAGGAUCUUCAGACGGCCAUGUACUACGCUCGGGCGUUCGAGCGCCGAGUGACCGCCAUGCAGACGACGCCACCGCCCCGGGCUGCUCGUCCUCCGCAGCGCCCAAUGCCACUACCGGCACACCCGCCGGGUGGUGCUCCGGCCGCACCCAACCAGGCGCCGGCGGCGAACCGCUCUUUUCGCUGCCUCACGCCGGCCGAGCAGCUGGAACGUCGUCGCCAGGGACUAUGCUUCAACUGCGAUGAGCCCUAUGUUCCCGGGCACGUGUGCCAGAGGCUCUUCUACUUGGAGUCUAGGGACUACCUCGUGGAGGACGAACCGGUGGCCGACGUGGUGGCCGUGACCGCAGCUCCGGAGGUGGAGGCCACGCAGGAGCAGGAACCAGCUAAUGCAUUUGUUGUCUCCCUCCAUGCCCUGGCAGGAAUCUGUACGGAUAACACCAUGCUUCUCCCGGUGCCAGCGGGCGGGGAGCACCUCCGCGUCACCGUCGCCAACGGAGAUCGCCUACCGUGCGCGGGCGUCACCCGCGACGUUCCAAUCAGCAUCGAAGGCGAGGCAUUCUCCAUCACGUGCGUCGGCCUCAACUUGGGCUGCUUCGACUGCAUCCUCGGCGUCGACUGCCUCCGCACCUUGGGCGCCAUCCUCUGGGACUUCAAGGCCAUGACGAUGGCCUUCUGGAGCGACGGACGUCGCGUCUGCUGGCAGGGCGUGGGCGCCCCUACCCCGGUUGCACCUCAGCAGCGCGCGCUAGCGGCCAUCGCGAACGCCCAGCAUCCCAUGCUGGACCGCCUCCUGCAGCAGCAUGGCGCCAUCUUCGAGGAACCGCAGGGGCUCCCUCCGGAACGGCCGUACGACCACCACAUCCACCUCCUGCCGGGUACCACUCCCGUUGCUGUGAGACCGUACCGCUACCCGCAGCUGCAGACGGAUGAGCUGGAGCGGCAGGUCACGGCCAUGCUUGCCCAGGGCAUCAUCCGACCUAGUACCUCGCCAUUCUCUACGCCUAUGCUCCUUGUCCGGAAGCCGGAUAACACUUGGCGUUUCUACAUCGACUACCGCGCCCUCAACGCCAAGACGUCCAAGGACAAGUUCCCCAUCCCAGUGGUACUCGAGCUCCUGGACGAGCUCUUUGGGGCUCGCUUCUUCACCAAGCUCGAUCUGCGUUCGGGCUACCACCAGGUGCGGAUGCACCUCGACGACAUCGCCAAAACGGUGUUCCGGACGCACCAUGGCCAUUACGAGUUCCUGGUCAUGCCGUUCGGUCUCUGCAACGCCCCGGCGACCUUUCAGGCGCUGAUGAAUGACGUCUUGCGCCCCUACCUACGGAGGUUUGUGCUGGUCUUUUUCGACAACAUACUCAUCUACAACUCGUCGUGGGCGGAGCACCUUUAG